AUGGAGCUUCCGAUGUCACCUCUGCAGGUGGCUAUUGGCCUCAUUCUUGCCAUUACUAUUUGGAUAAUUCAAAUCAAACGAAGCAAAACACUUAUUUUACCACCUGGGCCUUCAGGAAAUCCGAUCUGGGGCCAUCUUCGCAUAAUUCCAAAAGAAUAUCCAGCACGUCAAUUUUUGAAAUGGGGUAAAGAGUAUAACUCCGACAUUCUCUAUUACAACGUCCUAUCCCGGCCAGUGAUCAUACUCAACAGUGUCGAGGCGGCACAUGAUCUCCUGGAUAAAAGAGGGGCUAACUAUGCUGACCGUCCACGAUUUGUUAUUUUCGAGGUGAUGGGAUGGGGCAUCACCCUCACGUUCCUGCGCUGGUCCCCGCGAUUCAGACUCCAUCGAAAGCUUCUUCAGCAGUCUUUCACCCAGUCUGCCUGCAAGUCAUAUCAUCCGAUUCAGCAGGAAGAGGCCCGACGAGCUGUCAAGGCAUUGUUGCAGAAACCACAGGACUGGGAAAUGCUCUUACGACGAUAUUCAACCGCCGUCGUACUACGGAUUGGAUUUGGCAUACAGAUUCAAGAAGAAAAAGACCCCUACGUGCAGAUGGCUAUUGACGUGGAAGAAGCUACCGGUAAAGGUGGUGUGCCGGGCGCUUCCAUCGUGGAUUUGAUUCCUAUCUUGCGCCAUCUGCCCAGUUCUGUAGAGAAGAUCUCCACUGCCUUCCAGCCACUAGCUCAUGCCCGCCGCACAAAAUCCUCUAUUCAAAAUUUGCACGACGCACCCUGGAACGCAACUGAGCUUUCCAUCCGCACGGGAGAUGCAAUCCAGCCCUCCUUUAUGCGUACACAUUUUGGGCGCUACCUUGCCAAUGAAAGAACUGGAGAGCCCAAUGAAGCAACGAUACCCGAUCUGAAAGGUGCGGCGGGCGCAAUUUCCAUUGCAGGCGGCAAUACCACAUGGUCCACCGUAAUCGUGUGUAUUCUCAACUUGAUGACCCAUCCGGAGAUUCAAGCCAAGGUCAAGAACCAGAUUGAUAGGGUGAUAGGGGUGGAUGAGCAUGGGAACAUCGAUCGCCUCCCAGAUUUUAACGAUAGACCGCAAUUGACGUGCCUCGAGUACGUGAUCCAAGAGACGACUCGCUGGGCACCCCUUUCACCCCUCGGCGUUCCUCAUGCCUCUCUCGAGGAUGACACGUAUAAUGGAUAUCACAUCCCCAAGGGAUCAGUCGUUUUUGCAAAUGCGUGGGCAAUGUCGCGAGAUGAACGGCAAUACUCCUCCCCUGAAGAAUUCAAUCCAGAUCGAUUCAUUCCACCGUCAGAAGGUGGCAAAGGGGAGCCUUUACCGGAGGGUCCAUUUGGCUUCGGGAGGAGGGUGUGUCCUGGUCAGCACUUGGCCCUUGCUGGGGUUUACAUCGUAGUUGCAACCUUGCUGGCCACGAUGGAUUUGCAUUGCCCGGUAGAUAAUAAUGGAGAAAGGAUUUUACCACGCGUCACCUUCUCGAAUGGCUUGAGUGGCGUUCCUGAUAGCUUCCCAUGCGUCAUCACGCCAAGAUCAGACAAGGCUCGGAAGCUGCUACAAUGA